CUCCCCCCCGUCGGCGCAGCGCUGUGGUGAAGCCGCAUUGUUUGUGCCGCGGGGGGAGGGGAGCCGCUCAGCCCCGGGAGCCGAGCGCCGAGCCCGCAGCCGGACGGCGACGCGCGCCGCGCCUCACGAAUGCGCCGCGCCCGGCGGCAGCAGCAGCCCCGCACCCAGCGCCGGGUGACCGCCGCGGGCAGCGCGGCCCUCGUAGCGCCCGCUCGGCCGCCCGCGGCUGCCGGACGCGGGGCCAGGCGGCAGCACCGGCGGGGCCUCCGCCAUUAACUCGGCCGAGCGUCGGCCGCAGCGGCGGAGCGGGAGGUCUGUCAGCCGCUCCUCGGCGGCUCCCACAGCGUAAACAUUACCAAAUGAGGAGAAAAGGAAGAUGCCAUCGAGUAUCGGCAGCAAGGCAUUCUUCUUCCCCAUGCAGUAUUAAGCACUCCCCGACACGAGAAACCUUGACGUACGCUCAAGCUCAAAGGAUGGUUGAAAUAGAAAUUGAAGGUCGCCUGCAUAGGAUCAGUAUCUUUGAUCCUUUAGAAAUUAUAUUAGAAGAUGAUCUUACUGCCCAGGAAAUGAGUGAAUGCAACAGCAAUAAAGAAAAUAGUGAAAGACCACCGGUUUGUCUAAGAAGCAAACGCCAUAAAAAUAACAAAGUGAAAAAGAAAAAUGAAGCUCUUCCGAGCUCUCAUGGUAUCCCUGCUACAACAGCUCCUCUUCCAGAACCAAAAGUACGGAUUGUUGAGUACAGUCCCCCUUCAGCUCCUCGGAGACCUCCCAUUUAUUACAAAUUCAUUGAGAAGUCAGCAGAAGAACUCGAUAACGAAGUUGAGUAUGACAUGGAUGAAGAAGAUUAUGCGUGGUUAGAAUUGAUCAAUGAUAAGCGGAAAAGUGAUGGAGUGUCAGUAGUUUCCCAAAAUAUGUUUGAAUUCCUUAUGGAUAGGUUUGAAAAAGAGUCUUAUUGUGAAAACCAAAAGCAGGGUGAUCAUCAGUCUUUAAUUGAUGAAGAUGCAGUGUGUUGUAUAUGCAUGGAUGGUGAAUGUCAGAACAGCAAUGUGAUCCUGUUUUGUGAUAUGUGUAAUUUAGCAGUACAUCAGGAAUGCUAUGGGGUGCCAUAUAUACCUGAGGGCCAGUGGCUCUGCAGACACUGUUUGCAGUCCCGCUCUCGGCCUGUAGACUGUGUGCUGUGCCCAAACAAGGGAGGUGCCUUUAAAAAGACAGAUGAUGAUCGUUGGGGACACGUGGUGUGUGCUCUGUGGAUUCCAGAAGUUGGAUUUGCCAAUACGGUUUUUAUUGAGCCAAUUGAUGGUGUCAGGAACAUUCCCCCAGCCAGAUGGAAGUUAACAUGCUACCUCUGUAAACAGAAAGGUGUUGGUGCCUGCAUCCAGUGCCACAAAGCAAACUGCUAUACUGCAUUCCAUGUGACAUGUGCUCAAAAGGCUGGUCUGUAUAUGAAAAUGGAACCUGUGAAAGAACUAACUGGCAGUGGAACAACGUUCUCUGUGAAAAAGACUGCCUACUGCGAUGUACAUACUCCACCAGGCUGCACACGGAGACCGCUCAAUAUUUAUGGAGAAGCUGAAAUCAAAAACGGUGUUUGUAGAAAGGAGGGAUCAGUCAGAACUGCUAGGUCUACAUCAAAAAUCAGGAAAAAGACAAAAAAAGCCAAGAAAACAGUGGUUGAACCCUGUACAGUUAUGCCAACAGUAUCUGCUCCUUAUAUUCCCCCCCAGAGAUUAAAUAAGAUUAUGAAUCAGGUGGCCAUUCAGCGAAAGAAGCAUUUUGUUGAACGAGUGCACAGUUACUGGUUGCUUAAAAGACUGUCUAGGAAUGGUGUUCCACUCUUGAGAAGGCUGCAGUCCAGUUUACAGUCACAAAGAAACACACAACAGAGAGAAGAUGAUGAAGAAAUGCAAGCCUUAAAAGAAAAAUUGAAGUACUGGCAAAGGCUGCGCCAUGAUCUUGAAAGAGCACGUUUAUUGAUAGAACUUAUACGUAAACGUGAGAAAUUAAAAAGAGAACAGGUCAAGCUGGAGCAGGUUACUAUGGAGCUUCAGCUCAUUCCGUUCACUGUACUGCUGCGAUCGGUUCUGGACCAGCUGCAGGAAAAGGAUUCUGCUCGUAUAUUUGCUCAGCCAGUGAACCUUAAAGAGGUUCCAGACUAUUUGGAUCAUAUUAAACAUCCUAUGGAUUUCUCUACCAUGCGGAAACGGUUAGAAGCUCAAGGCUAUAAAAACCUCACUGAGUUUGAAGAGGACUUCAAUCUGAUCAUAGAUAACUGUAUGAAAUACAAUGCAAAGGAUACAAUAUUUUAUAGAGCUGCAGUGCGGUUAAGAGAUCAAGGAGGUGUAGUUCUCAGGCAAGCCAGGCGAGAUGCUGAGGGAAUUGGCUACAACAAUGAAACUGGAAUGCACUUACCAGAACGGCCUAAACUUGAGUCACCCCAGCCUUUCUCUUGGGAAGAUGUGGAUAGGUUACUGAAUCCUGCAAACAGAGCACAUAUGUCCUUGGAAGAACAGCUGAGAGAGCUGCUAGAAAAACUUGAUCUCACCUGUGCAAUGAAAUCCAGUGGGUCAAGGAGCAAAAGAGCAAAGCUGUUAAAGAAAGAAAUCAGCAUUAUUCGCAACAAACUCAGUCAGCAACACAACCAGGCUCCUCAAAUAGAGUCAGGUAUUGGAAGUUUCGAGGAAGAAAGUGCAGCAUUAGAACAAGAUGGAGAAGAAGAAGGAGAUAAAUCUCCCCCUAAACUUGAACCAUCAGAUGCAUUACCUCUUCCUUCAAACUUGGAGACUAAUUCAGAACCACCAACCCUCAAACCAGUAGAACUCAAUCCAGAGCAGAGUAAGCUUUACAAAAGAGUAAAAUUUGAUAAUGAAUUAUAUAGCACUUCCAUUCAGAAAGAAAUAAAUGGACACACUCCAGAACACUUACUUGACAGUAAUCUCAAUGAGUCGACUGUUUCUGCUGUAGCUGAGUCAUCAACUGAUGUAAACAGACGUACAUCCAUUCUCUUCUGCAAAUCGAAAAGUGUAAGCCCCCAAAAGUCUGCAAAGAACACUGAAACCCAGCCAACUUCUCCACAGCUAGGGACCAAAACCUUUUUGUCUGUAGUCCUUCCAAGGUUGGAGACACUUCUGCACCCAAGGAAAAGAUCAAGGAGUGCAUGUGGAGAUUCUGAGGUUGAUGAUGAGUCCCCUGUAAAGCGCUUGGAUACAGGCCUAUCAAAUGGUUUUGGAGAUGAAAGUAAAGAGAGAGCAUUAGAUGAUACUCCUGGAAGAAAAGUUGAACCUCGUCGCCGCUGUGCAUCAGAAUCUAGUAUUUCAUCUAGUAACAGUCUCUUGUGUAACUCCAGUUUUAGUCUCCCGAAGUGCGGUAAAGGUAAACCUGCCCUGAUACGGAGACACACACUGGAAGAUCGAAGUGAGCUGAUUUCAUGCAUUGAAAAUGGAAACUAUGCCAAAGCAGCAAGAAUUGCAGCUGAAGUUGGGCAUAGCAGUAUGUGGAUUUCAACUGAUGCUGCAACAUCUGUUCUCGAGCCUCUAAAAGUAGUAUGGGCCAAAUGCAGUGGAUAUCCCUCCUACCCAGCUCUGAUUAUUGACCCUAAGAUGCCUCGUGUUGCUGGCCAUCACAAUGGUGUUACUAUACCAGUGCCACCUCUAGAUGUACUGAAAAUUGGAGAACAAAUGCAGACCAAAUCAGAUGAGAAACUAUUCUUAGUACUAUUUUUUGACAACAAAAGAAGUUGGCAGUGGCUUCCCAAAUCCAAAAUGGUUCCCCUUGGGAUAGAUGAGACCAUAGACAAGUUAAAAAUGAUGGAAGGACGUAACUCGAGCAUACGAAAAGCAGUAAGAAUUGCUUUUGAUCGUGCUAUGAAUCACCUGAGUCGAGUCCAUGGAGAACCAGUCAGUGACUUCAGUGAUAUUGACUAACAGAGAUUCUCUAGCAAGGCAUGAAAAAUACCACAGAGACUUGAACUCUACUAAUGAACCUCUUUGUCUAAAAGAAUGUAUUGAAGAUACAACCCCUUAAUUGUUGAUUCAGUGGCUGAGUUCUGCAAACUUGAAAUAGUUGAGCAAUUCUUCUAAAUCACCAUUGCCAUAUUGAUUAAUUAUUUUAUUGUGUUGUAGAUUGGAGGAUUUUCCACUAAACCUGUUAAAAUGUCUUGUUCAUAGUGUUCAUAAUUGUACAUAAAUGUAUAUUCAACACUUAACUUAUUCUGAUUUUAGAAGUAGCUCCUUAAUUCCUUUUAUAAUUUUGCUGGGGAGGGAAUUGGUUUUUGUUUUUUCCAUGCUUUUUACUUUUUUUCUUUUCUUUCUUUCUGAGUUUAAGUUACCUAAGCACCAUCUUCCAGCUUGAGGUGUUUAGUUGAUCUUAAAGCCUAAUAUCAAAAUGGCAUCAAAUAUAUGUUUGCCUAAAUCAUAUACAGUAUGGUGCUGCUUGUAUCAUUUCUUCCUUGGUCUGUAGCUUCUGAAAAAGACUUCUGAAUGUUUGUGUAAAUUGUUGCUCUUUGCACAAAGUACCGCAUAUUUAAGAUUGAUGUAAAUUUACAAUUACAAAUAUGUAUUUUAAGAAAGGAAGUUGCGUUAUUUUGGAGGGUACUUUGUGAGAAAGACAUCAAUAAAAAUUAUACUAUGUACAUCACUUGCAAAUCACCAAAAACACUCCAUUGUUGCCCAAAAUUACUUAAGGUUCUUACUGUUUUAAACAAACCUGGCUUAAAGCCUGCAAGCACAUUAUUUCUUUUAAAACCAUAUCCCAUUUAUCUCCCAUUGGUUUAAUUUUGUUGAUAUGUGUGCCUCCCUGUGUUUUAUUUAUUGUAGAAAAUGUAUUAAUUUGCUUUAUAAUGAAAAAUAAAAUUGACAAAUAUAUUGAUAUGCAUUUUUAUACAGGCACAUGAGAAGACAACUUGCUUUGGGAGAAAAAUGUAUUGGAAAUUGUAUAAAAUAACUCGAUGGUUUGUGUGUAAUUCGGUUUUUUGGUAACUUGUAAUCUUUUGUUUCCAAUGAGGGGAUUUAUGUAACUUUUAAUUUAGAACACUUUGGUAGCAAUAGAAACUUUGGAUACAUUUUUGUAUGGUACAUGUGAUGUAUAUAGAAUUAGUACUUUAUUUUUAUUUUUAAGAAGUAAAGCAUUAUGUUUGGGCAGGGGGAAGAAGGAGGGUGGGUUUCCAGAACUGCAUUUUUAUAUUAAAAAGAAAAAAAAUAAAGUCAAGAUAUUGAUUGUUGUAGCUACUUUAUUCCUACCUUCACUGAGAUACUGAAUUUGUAACAAUGAAAAUGGCAAGGUAUGUUUGCAAUGUGAUUUAUAAUGGCUCCAUUAUUUAUAAAUGCACUGUGUUUGAACUCUUUUGCAGUGAUAUCGUAAAUACUGUACCAAGUUAUAUAAUAUGAAACACCAAAUAAUGCAUAUGAAUGCACGAAGUAUUUAUGCCCAGCUUUUUUAUAAAGGAUUAGCAAAUACAGCAAAACCAAUACUUUUUAAAUCUUUUUUUUAAAACUUCAUUGAAUAGCAUACUUCAUUGUUAAACCUGCUUGAAUCUUUAUUUUAAAGGGACAAUUACUUUUUAAAUAGUUUUUAAUGUUUUUAUUCUCUAUUGUUUGUAAUACCCCCGUAGAAGCUUGAAAUAAAAUUUCUUUCUCAACUGUAAAUUUUGUCCUGAAUUUAGCCCCUGAGAUUUUGCUGCAGUGCCCAUUUUCUUACUCCAUGACUGAGCUGUUGCAGAGGCACUGGGCCAAGAAGCUGAAUGUUCUCCUGUGGCACCCAGCAUUGUCCUGACUGAGCCCUUUGCACAGGAGGUGUUGCAGUUAGCUGAGACCAGUUGCCUGUGAUGGACCCUGGUAAUUAGGGAUGAUGAGUUGGAUAAACUUCACGAAUGAUGAAGCAAACAGUUUUCUCAGGCUUGACAGCAGACACAGCUUUAGGGAGAGCAGUGAUGGCAGGUACCCUGGAAGGACCAUCACUGAAGUGUGCUGCUCUGAUGGCCUCAACAGCUACAUCAGUUAGAAAAAUUAAAUCUGGUGGUUUGCAUUUAAUACAAUGACUUCAAGGAUCUGAGAUAUAAUCGUGCUCUUCUUUAAAGGGAUUGGAGCCUAAUUUGGGCAGUGUUGAGACAGUAGAACCACUUGUCAUCAUGAGGACUCUGUU